CGAUAAGGACUCGCCCCGAAGUUGCCAAAGCUGUCGCGCGUUCUCUUUCCUCUCGCGAUUCCACACUAGCCGAUUCCGCUGCUCGGCUCGAACGCUACCUGCCAUUCAAACGCAAGAAACCACGACGACGACGCGGCGCUGUUCGGGGGGCACUGAGCUCCGCACCCUCCGUCGCCUCGGAAGACGAGAUUUCUAGGUCGAAUCGCCGCUCGUGCGAGGGAAUCUGCGGGUUCGACCUCGCGCUGAUCGUUCCCUGGGGGGGAUGAUCGCGAUCGAUCGGUGCGUCGUCGCGGUCCGGAUUUCGAACUCUUUUUGACUCGGGGGCUUGAAUUCGACGCGGUAAUGGGCUUGUCGUCGGUCGCGAGCAACAGCGAGGGCAUGCAGCUGUGCAUCUUCGACCUGCGGAGAGGGCAAAACGAGGGGCAGGAGCUGGACAAGAUCCUGUUCUUUUACCCGGCCGAUCUGCCCUUCUCCACUCAGCUCUCCGUCAUUGGCCUCAGCGAGGGCCUCAUUACCUUCACCAGGAUUUUUUCUCCAGAGGCUGCUUGCGAGGUCAUCGAAGCGGAGAGGCACUCUCAUGUGUUCUUCGAGGCGGAACCAGAUAUUUGGAUGGUCGUGAUUGUUGAGAAAAACAAGGAAGCGGAAGCGAUUUGGAGAGUUGAAGGAUUGAGAAAGGUCCUAAAGGAAGUCCACUCUCUUUUCUUGAUGUUCCACGGGUCUAUAAGAUCAUUGCUUGAGAAGGAACCAGCUGCAGGAUCGGUCAGAUCUCAGUUGUACAUAUUCAUCAUGGAUUAUCUUAGUGCAUUUGAAAAGCGGUCUCCAUUGGAUUACUGCUGCUGGGAUUUUCUCUCUUCGAAGAAACUCCAAUUACCAUCAUUCCGUGAUUCUUUGAAGGAGCGUGCGACUGUACAGAUGCUAACUGUAGGACGUGAGGCUGCAAUAGAAGUUCAGUCACUUGUCAGGGUUGUAGAAUCGUGCACUGGAAGCCAGUCAAGCCACUCGUUGCUCUUGUUUCAGGACCUUCUAGUUUCUACGACACUUUCUCCAGAUGACACCAUCAAUCUAUUUACAUAUGCUGUUCUAAGAUUGACCCCUCGUGCUCUCUCUGCGGGGUUAAGUUCCUGGUCCUAUCUACGUAAGGGAAGUGCUGCAUCCACUGCCGUGACAGGGCCUACUAUGGGAAGCGCAACUUCUCUUUCAGAACCUUUCCAUGGUUCACGUGGUACCUCCGCAGGUGAUGAUCACAGUCAUGCCGUGAGACCUCUGCAGCAUGACAGGUGGUCCAAAGGAAGGGAUGGUUUUCUUAUCACAGAUAUCUGGCAAGCUGAGCCUGCGAGCUUAGUUUCUGUCACCCCAUCAAUUUGGCUCCAGCAGACUGAAGAGAAAAUGUAUCUCUGUGCUUAUCAACACAAGAGCCUUACCUUUAUCCUUCUGAUUCCUGUGUCCUCUGUUAUUAAUGGGGAACAAGGCAUUUUGGCAGUGAAGCAGCUAGUUCUUGAACAUGCGUCAUUGAAGAUGUUGAAAGUUGAAGAAAAGCUCUCAAAAGGAUGGGGUGGUGAGAAUGCGUACCAUGUCAGUGGUUACCGUUAUUUGCUUGUAGAUGGUGACAGAAACUUAUCCAGGGCUUCACCGCCAGGCAAAGUUGCUACAUUGACAAAGGAUUCAUUGCUUGCUUUGAGUAAGCUCAGAGAAGAGGUUGACAUUGAAAAAAGCAGGGCAAAAUGGGAUAAUGACGGUCAUGAGAAAGAUCUCGAAAUAUGCACUAGGGCUAGAAACAAUGCAUGGGUUAUCUCUCAAGUUACAAGGGGAAAAGAACUGUACAUGGUUCUUGAAAAUGCCAAUGAGACCCUUCUUUAUGCCUCUGAUGCUGUUCAGAAGUUCAGCAACAGGUACUGCAAUGGAGCCUUCUCCUUGGAUUAAGAACUUCGGUCUGCACAUUUGGAGCAAUUUUAGCAGAAUGAUGUGCGAAAUUAUAAAUAUCCCUUGUUUCUACCAUUUACUUGGAGAGCAGAUGCAAGGCACAGGUGCCCUUCUCUGUACAUCACUCUCACUUCACUGUGGCAUGGAAAAAGCUGAUCAUUGUAACUUGCUUUGUUCCCAUCUUAUUGUGCUAUAAAAUUUUGGCCGUUAUGCUUUUAGGGGUUGGGAUUCUUAUCCUGAACAGGUCAUGUUGAAUUCGUUUGGACUGUGACCCUGAGGACACAUUAUUGUACUUUUCCCAGAUGAAGGGGUCACAGUGUAUUUGAGCUAUAGGAGGCAUUGGUAUAUCUUUCACCCAAUCUUCACGGUGUUUACUGUUUAGUUUCAGUAGCCUCAUCACCUUCUGUGACACCUUUAUGUAAAAGUUUUUGGUUCUUCUAUGUGAAUAUCUCCUCAGUGAAACGAAAAUUGCAUAGAUUGGAUUGGAUGUGAAAUGUCUUGAAA